AUGCAGUCUUCGCAGACAUACACCUUCCACUUCUCCGAGCCCCCAGUCGCAUCGGGAAGCGACAACGACUGGGCAGCCCGCCCUACACAGGCCAUCAACCAACCAGCCGUCCCCGAGUUGUGGCCACUCGGGCCCGCCACACAAGGCACCUCUCUUCCCACCGCAGCGAACUGUCAUGACUUCCUAAAGACCGACCAGGCGGAGCCCGCACGGAACCUUGUCUCUCCCGCAGACGGGCAGAUGAUCUAUUUGGACGACCUCGCCUUUCUUAACGUCCCCCACACCCCCGCGGCCGCCGCGGCGAGCCCCAUCCCAUCCGUCGCGCCAGUCCUCAAGCUCUGUGGGCGCUGCUUGAACGGGUACACCCAGGAGGACGAUGGGUCUGAGGUGUGCGCUGUCUCCCACGCCCCUCCCGUCGACGCUUGGAUUGCGGGCGACAAUGCCAUUUACCCGGUGCAUUGGUAUCCCUGCUGCGGAAGGUACAGGCUAGCGAUCCCCGGGCUGCGGCUGAAACGCCCUUUCAACGCGGUAUGUCGCUGGGCACCCCACAUUCCCGCCAACUAG